AUGGAUCCCAAAUAUUUCAUUUUAAUUUUGUUUUGUGGACACCUGAACAAUACAUUUUUCUCAGCGAUAAAAGCAAUUACAACAGAGAAGCAACCACAGUCUACUUUACUUAGCUCAUCAAUGCCAUAUGUCUUGGCUAAUUCUCAAAACUCAACAGGAAAUCCUUUGGGUCAACCAACACCGACUGCCAAAGGUUCUGCUGGAAAACCAACAGCAGUUGCCUCUUCUGGAAAACCAGCAGCACAAACAUCUGCCAGACAACCACCUGUCUAUACCACCACCAGACAAACAACAUCAAUGGCCAGUACCGUCUCCCAACAAACAGCACAACCUGUGUUCACCCCUGGCAGACAACUACCAACCUUUGCCUACACUUCUACCAGACAAUCACAACCAUCUGUCCAUACUUCUGUUCAACAACCACUACCUGUCCACACCUCUCCGGGAGAGGCAGUACGACCAGCUAUUCAAAAUGUACCUAUACAACCAACAUCAGCUGACAAAAGGCCACCUAGGAUUACACCAGGAUUCAUCACAGAAGAUACCAGUAACACACAUAUCCCACAUAAAACCGAUUCUAACUAUAUAGCUGCCAUAAUAGUUGGAGUAAUUCUGGUUUCUAUGUUGGCAGUUAUAAUCAUCAUUUUAUUACACAAGUGCUUGAGAAAACCAGUUUUAAAUGAUCAAAACUGGGCAGGUAGGUCUCCAUUUGCUGAUGGUGAAACCCCUGAUAUGUGUUUGGAUAUUCAAGAAAAUGAAGCAUCCACAAAACGUACAUCAAUUAUUUCACUUAUGGCCUGGAAAUCAAACAAAAGCACACUCUUAGCAGAUGACUUAGAAAUUAAGUUGUUUGAAUCAACUGAAAACAUUGACGAUUCCAACAAUUCCAAAACAGAUAAAAUAAAAGAUCAAGUAAAUGCUACAUCAGAGGACAGUGCUGGUGGAUCCACAAUUGGCACUGCUGUUUCUUCUUCAGAUGAGGCAGACCUGCCUCCACCACCUCCUCAGCUUCUCAAUUUGGAAGGACAGGAGAGUAACCAAUCUGACAAACCCACAGUACCAAUUUUAUCUCCUUCUCCAAAUGAUUCCACCAGCCUCCUCCCAACUCUGGACCAUCCCAGUCAACUUUGUGAAGAUCAUAAUUCUGAGCUCAAACAGUCAUUUCCACCUCCCCCCGAUUCACUUGCAUUGCCCUUGCCCCUAGGACAUUAUCUAAAAAACUUGGAAGAUUUAGAUAAUGAGAUCCAAUGUCAGGAGAUCUCUAUUCUUCCUAAUGUGGAUCAAGAUCUCAGUGAAUCACUGCCAUCCCCACCUGAAGAAUUGUUAUAA